AUGACGGAGCUGUCCGAGUUCCAAGCACUCAAAGCGUUGAUCCACACCAACCUGGACAAGUACGAAGCGCUCUUGAAGGCAGAUAACAUUCCAGAACCGUUCUUGAACGAGGCUAGAACACACCCUGUGCUGGAUCAGAGCAACCAUGUUCCCGGGAAGGAACUGUGGGUGACGACGCAGAACCUGGCGGGUGCGCUCGACAUGAUGGCUUCCAUGAUCCAGCUGCCAUCGACGACGCUCAUGUCGGAAGGCAUGGCCACCUACAAGGCCUUUUCGCUCCAGAUGGCCACCAGUCUGAACAUGGCCAACGUGAUCAAGGACCUAGGAGGUUCCGCUGGGAAACCAGUUUCGGUUAACGACAUUGGCGCGCGAACAGGACUGCCGCCAUCACGCGUACUUAAGGUACUACGACCGCUUGCCAACAAUCAUAUCUUCCAAGAAACGUCCGAGGGAUACUUUGUCAACAACCGUGCUUCCUUACAUCUGCUAGACGAGUGCGAUGUCAAGUCGUACGUGCAGUACAGCUCUUUCAUCCAUCCUCGCAUCGUGCCGAGCAUUUCGAAUGCAUGGAUGAAUCCGGAGUCAAAGGACGACUUCAGUCCGGACAAUGCAGCAUUCUUGCACGGAUUCGAUAUGCAGCACAAGGCAAGCGAUGCUUUCGACCUCUUCCAGAAGAGCGUUCCGGACCUAGUUCCAAGGUUCGCUGUCGGUAUGCAGGCCUGCAAUCGAGGCGCAGUGGAAGGGAUUCUCCAAGACUACCCUUGGUCUCAGCUGCCGGAGGGUACCGUAUGCGUCGACAUCGGAGGAGGCAUUGGCGCAUUUACAGCAGCGCUGCUCAAGCAAUAUCCAAACCUCAACGGAGUCGUUCAAGACCGACCGGAGGUGGUAGCGGAGGCAAAAGCGAGCUUCGAACGAAACAUGCCCGACGCCGUUGCCUCGGGUCGUGUCCAGUUUGAAGCGGCAGACUUCUUCAAAGAGAUCAAGAGUUCUGGUCCGAAGAGGGUUUACGUGAUGCGUAUGAUCAUUCAUGACUGGCCGGACAAAGAGUGUCUUCAAAUCCUCGGAAACAUCAAAGCCAAGAUGCAGGCCGACUCGAAGCUGAUCAUCGUCGACACACUGCUUCAGCCCGCCAUUGUAGCGGACGAACAAGGAAAGGACGAUGAUUUGGUCGAGCAGGUGGGCAAGAUCCCGUAUCCGCUGUACCGCUCGGGAGGUGUAGCAGGCACUUGGAUCCAGAGGGUGGAUCAGGAGGUCAACAUUGCGCUAAACGCUACCGAACGUACACCGUCCGAGUUCAAGACGCUGGUAGAGAAGGCAGGCUUGAAGCUGGAGAGGAUCAUCCAGCCGCGCUCGCGCCACGGUAUCAUCACGGCGGUGCUGCCUUGA